AUGAAGAACGUCAAACUCCCCGUUUCGGGAACGACAUACCGCUACGCCAUAAACCCCCCGUUCGACAAGGAAAAACCGUACCUCUUGUUCCUUCAUGGCUUCCCAGAGACUUCGUACAGUUGGGUCAACCAGAUCGAAUACUUUACAAGGCGCGGCUACGGCAUCAUAGCCCCAGACCUUCUCGGCACCGGUGGUACAGACAAGCCCGUCGAACUGGAAGCUUAUAGUCUGAAGAAAAUGGCAUCUGAGAUUGCUGAACUGCUCGACUGCGAAGGUCUCGACAAGGUGGUCGCAGUCUCGCAUGACCUUGGAUCUUUUCUACUUUCCCGCUUUCACGCGUACCAUCCUCACUACCUCUCAGCUCUUGCAUUCUUAGAUAUCGGCUACUACGGCCCCGGCACAGACUUCAACCAAACCUUCGUGGAGGCAUACAACAACAUGUCACAGGCAACAUUCGGAUACCCCAUUCUCGGGUACUGGUACUACUUUGAUCAACCAGACGCGCACGUUCUCUUGGAUGCACAUUUGGAUUCUGCAUACUCCCUCAUGUUCUCGUCCGACACACCAAAAGUAAUGGUGGAGAACUUCAACACGAUUGGUGCCCUUCAGAAAUGGCUAUCAGCUGAUAGAAGAGCGGAAUUUGGCAAUGACUUCAUCACCAACUCGACUCGAGAGCAAUGGAAAACCAUCACUCGCGCACAGGGAGGUCUUGAGGCAGGUCUGAGAUGGUACAAAUCUUUCUUGCGGGGUAUCAACUCCGCUGAUGAGGACGAGAUUCGAUCGAUGUCCGGAGUCAUUGAGCAGCCUAGUCUGUUCAUCGCGGCGGAGAGGGAUGCAGUCGGUAUUCCGGCGGAGCAGCUACGUUCUAUGCUGCCAUACACUCCGAGAAUGCAGAUUAAAACUGUUGAUGCUGGCCAUUUUGUUCAUAUUGAGCAGGCUGAUGAAGUCAAUGAGCUACUCUACGACUUCGUUCAGGGUCUUCAAUAG